GUGCACAUGGUCUACAGCAAUCAAAUCUGAUUCUACCCUCCAAGAUUCCAUGGAUCUGAAUCCGUUCUCCUGCAAUAAAUUAACACUGACAUGAUAUGACUCAUUUGUUGGUGCAACACAGCCUUGCGAUUCAUUCGUUCUUUCUCUACCCAGUCACACUUUCCGAAAUGAGAUAAAUUUAUUCACCUCCUGCUUCUCGUCAUUUCAUGAGUGCCUGAUCCAGCACUUUUCUCCAGACGGUCAAAACUGAGUGGCCACUGGCUUCUCUCUUUCUCUAGGUCUCUGUUGUUCAGACACUGCUACCGGAGUUCAAGUUGAGCGGAAUAUCACAUUUUCUUUCUUUCAGAUCGUGGUUCCCCACGUCGUCGAUCUUUGUUCAUCUCAAAUUUCUUUGACCAAUCAUAACCACAGACAUGGCUCAAGAUUCUCACGAGGUCUCGCAGCUCGUCAAAACGCUCGAAGCUGCCAAGGGACAGGGCAAAGGUGGAAGGAAAGGCUUCUCAUGCAAAAAGACCACAUUCCCCAUUGAGGGUUCUCAGGGCAUCUCGGUCGACUCGUGGCGCUUCAACGACUGGGACUACAAGCGAGAUGAUCUUCCAACCUAUGCACGAGGCCUUUUCACUACCAAGAGAUCCGAUGGCACCCCAGAGAUCGCAGUCAGAGGUUACGAUAAAUUCUUCAACGUCGACGAAGUUCCUAGUACAAAAUGGGAAAAUAUCGAAACAGAUACCACUGGUCCCUACGAACUCAGUGUCAAGGAGAACGGUUGCAUCAUCUUCAUCUCGGGUCUCGAAGAUGGCUCACUUCUCGUUUGCAGCAAACAUUCCACCGGUGCGCGGUCUGAUGUCGCCCAAAGUCAUGCAAUGGUUGGAGAGAAAUGGGUGAAAUUACACGUUGAGAGUGUCGGAAAGACGACGCGCGAACUGGCAAUGACACUCAGAAAGAUGAAUGCCACUGCUGUUGGUGAACUGUGUGAUGAUGACUUUGAAGAGCACGUUCUGGAAUAUCCUCCCAACAUGGCUGGCCUUUACCUCCAUGGCAUCAACUUCAAUCUCCCAGAGUUUGCAACACUGUCUGGCCCUGAGGUGCAUGAGUUUGCCGAUACAUGGGGGUUCAAGAAGGCUCAAUAUGUCAUGAUACAGACACUUGACGAAGUCCAAAGCUUUUUGCACAAGUGCGCCGAGACGGGUUCCUGGGAUGGGCGAGACACUGAGGGAUUCGUCGUCAGAUGCAAAUUGCGAGGCAAGAAUGCUCAACCAGCUGUUGAUUGGUUCUUCAAAUACAAAUUCGAGGAGCCUUAUCUUAUGUACCGGCAGUGGCGUGAGGUAACCAAGGCAGUCAUUGCCGGAAAGCCUCCCAAGUUCAAGAAACAUAAGCAGAUCACGGAACAAUACCUCUUAUAUGCACGACGACAGCUCGCCAGGGAUUCGACAAUUGGCAAGCUCUACAAUCAAAACCAUGGAAUCAUCAAGAUGAGGGAUGGAUUUCUUGCGGAGAUCGGCCAGAGAGGCUCCGAUAUUAUCGCACGAGAAAAAGAGGAGGAAGAUGGAGAUGGAGGUGAUUCGCCGUCGAAUAUAGUCUUGGUACCUAUUGCAACCAUCGGUUGUGGCAAGACGACAGUCGCCUCAGCUCUGGUGAGGCUAUUUGAUUUCGGACACAUCCAAAAUGACAACAUCGAAGGCCAAAAAGGUCGUCCUCAGCGAUUCGCUGACGGCAUCACCAGCUCUUUGGCUGAUCACAAAGUCGUCAUUGCAGAUCGAAACAACCAUCAGCGCAGAGAAAGAGAGCAAAUCAUACGAGAUGUCAGUAGGGUCAUCCCGCAGGCUCGGUUUGUGGCGCUACACUACGUGCAUGAGCCGAAGAAUCGAAUGCUCCAACAGAUCCGUGAAGUCACGCGGCGGCGGGUUCUCGAUCGAGGAGACAACCAUCAAACCAUUCGUGCCGGCAGCAAAAGCCAAGAAGAAAUCAUUGGUAUUAUGGAAGGGUUUCUGUAUCGAUUUCAAGGCUGUGACAGGAAUGCGGCGCCCGACUCGGAAUUCGACCUCGUCAUCGACUUGGAUGUGGCAGCUUCAUCUCUGGAUAACUUGGAGCACGUGAUUACGCAGCUCUACAACACCUACCCAGGUCUGCUACCAGAGGAUAUGCCCAGCCACGAAGACAUGCAGAAUGCAAUCAGCUUUGCACUGGAUCAUGAGGUAGCCACCAAGCAUGAUCUCUCGUUCGGCAAGCCAGCCAAUACGCACCCAAGCCAGAAAGCAAACAAGAUUGCCAUUGUUCGGGAGAAGGAAAUGAGCCCCCAACAGGCGAUGAACAAACUGGAAUACUUUGGGAUCACUCUCUCGGUCACCAACAUUAAUUCGAUCCUCGCUUCAAUUUUUGACCGAGCAAGUCAAAAUGAGGCAGCCCUUUAUCAAAGUCUUAAGCAAUCGAACCGCAUCCAAACAGAGUUUCACGUCACUCUGAUCCAUCGAGCCAAUGCUGUGGCAAAGCCAGAACUGUGGCAAAGCUACACACAGGCUUACAGUGAGACAGUCGAAAGUAAAGACAACAAAGACAAGAACAAGCUGACUCCUAGCUUGGGUCUGGCUCGCAUCAAGCUUGAACGUGUGGUAUGGGAUGAUCGGAUCAUGGCAGUGGUGGUUAGAAUCUACCCAGCCGAAGGAAGUCCUUUAUGGCAAUGCAGCAACGCCAUCCCCCACAUCACCAUUGGAACCAUUCGACCCAACGUCAAACCGGUGGAAAGUAAUGACAUGUUAGCACGAUGGGAGACUGGACAAGGCGUGGGAUCGACCCUCUUUGAGAAAGAAGUGCCGGGCAAUGUCAUUCUGGAAGGCAGUGUGAAGCCGGUGCUGAGGCGUUAGAGGCGUUAGAGGCGGAGAGAUUAGAGCUGGGUAGUGUUCGAGAGAGCAAUUAUGCAUGAUGUGAGACAUGAGAGUCUUUUCAGUCGAUAGUGUUUCGACUGCAUGAUGACGAUGGGUAUCUAGUUCAAGGCGAGAACCUAGCAUACGUACCCAGCACCAUUCGACGUAUCCAACAGAGAUGAAUGAGCA